GAAACUGAGCCAUAUGUGCAGUAAAAGGAAUACGUCACAAUGUUUUGGUUACUUAUUAAAAGGUACUUCUCUUGAUCAUGGUUUCUUGAUCAUGUAACUUUGUACUUUGAAAUAAUUAUUCUCUAAAAGACCUCUUAAAUUAUAACAUGAAGCUAUAUAAUUAGAUUCCAGAAAUUGGUUUAUUUGUGAGGAAUUUUUAUCAGUUAUUGAAAUAAAUUUUUAUGUAGUAGGUAUCUCAGAGGAAAAUAUAUUUUUUUUUAAAAAAAUGCCAGGUUAGAUUCCUCACAUGUGGCUAUUUCUUGUGUAAGAAGCAUUUAACUGAAGUUUGGCAUGUUUUGUAAAACUUGUAUGUGUCUUCUCAAAGUAAUAAUAAAAGAAAAACUGGUAUUUCUGAGCAAUAGAUGCUGAGCACAGGGCUUAUGAGCUUUAUAUACUUAUUCUCAUUUCUUCUUACCUUGAUCCUGUAAGUAGAUUUCAGCUAGAAAUAAACAGUUCUUAUGAAAACAAGCUGAUAGAAAUAUCAGUAAGCCAUAUCUGUUUGAAUUGUCAUUUUAAAUGGUUUUGCUAUUUAAUUUUUGUAUGAUUAAUGUUUUCAUUAAAAUUUUUCAUACCAAAUUUGUAACCUAGAAUAUUUACUAUUUAAAAUAUUCAGGGGCCUAAAAUUUUAGGCUAGGUAUUAGUGUCACUGUACAAGAUCUCUAAUACUUGAUGCAAAACAAUUAUUGAUAGACACUAAGAAGUAUAGAAGUAUGUUUAAAACAGAAGUACAAAGAAGGAUUUCUAAAUUUUGCUGACCUUAAUGCAAAAUUUUUUACUGUUCUAUUCAUCUAGUGUUAGCUAGUGUCUAAAAUGAAAGGGCAGUCAUUCCUUUCAUUUGGUAUUUGUGUUUUGACUUUAGAUUUUUUUUCUUUUUUUUACCUUUCUCAAUGUUAGAGUACCUGGGUUGGUGUUUUGGAAGCUCUAAAUUAGAGCUGCUACACUCAAGUCAUUUCCUUACUCUAAAAUGAAUAUUAAAGACUGAACGACUAGGUGUCUACCUGGGGAGCUGUUUUCAUGUAUCUCAGAAUUUCAGCCUAAUAAACAAGCGUGAAGCCUAUUUUCUACCUGUUUGUUGGGCUUCUGUUCUGGCUAGUUUUCUUUCUAAUUUGUGGGGGAGAAUUUAGUGAGCAGAGGAAGGAGAUUGAUUGAAUGAACAAUAAAUUAAGCUGUUUACUGUCUUUUAUUGCUUCAUUAACUUAUGUAAAGUCACACACUAUUUAAUCAACAGAUAAAUUUCCUGUGUGAUGGGUACUUUGUAGGCACUAGAGAUAACCGUGAUCCUUUCUCUUGGGGAGAUGCUAAGGAGCGGAAGAGGGCAGGCAGGAAAUAGGUACACAAUAAAAUAGACAUUCUUUCAUGUGUCAUAAGUGGUGUUAAAAAAUGAAACGGUACAGAAAGUGAUGAAAAAGGGGGUGAACGUUCACUGGCUGCUUUAGAUUGGGAAAGUCCCGCUGAGAUGGGGACAUCCGAGCUGUAACCUGAAUGACUUCCAUUUGAAGAUCUGAGGGAAAAGUCCAUGAGGGGAGGGAAAGUAGCAGAUACCAACUCCCUAAGCCGAUAGACCAUGGUGAGGAAUUAGGUUUUAUUUCAGUCGCAGUGGGCGGCGUUAGAAGGUUGUAAGUGGGGAAAUAGUUGCUGUUGUUAAGAUGACUGGCUGCUGGCUGCUGGCUGCUGGCUGCUGGUGGAGACAAGACUGUAAGGGGCAGGGGAGGAAGGUGGGUUGGGAGGCGGCCCAGGCUGGAGGUGCUGCUGAUGCUGGGCUCCAGUUCCCCACCGCCCUUAGAUGCCCUUGAAUGAGUGGCAGGUGUGAGGAAGCUGCAGCGACUGCUGUGUGAUGAGUGGAAGGGGAAUGAAUGAGACAGGGUAGAGGAAAUACGUUUUUUAAGGUCAAAAUGAAGUUCAAUUUGGCCUAAAUAUGUACGUGAAUUUGUUCUGAGGGAAAUAAAGCAGUACAUUUGGGCCUUUUCUUGCUUCAAUCUGAACCAAUUCGAGAAGGACUGGAAAAGUUACCAAAUAGCCACAAGGAAUGACACAGAUAAAAUUGUGAAUGUGAUGGCCUUAUCCUCCCACUGACUGUGUCAUUGUAAAAGUUGGAUGAGCUUACUAUUUGAAAUUUGUGGCAUAUUUAUGUUGAGAUUUUUAGUUUUUUUAGCUUAAACUUUUAGGGAUUGAUCAGUGCCUAGUGUUUCUGUUUCAAUUACUUUCACUAUUCAAGUCCAAAUUAAAUUCAGAUAAUCUCAAACAAAGUGGUGGAGUCUGCUGAAAUUGCCAGAGGAACUUUAUUGAAGCAAAACAUUGAAGACAUUUGCUUUUUGCAAAGAAGGCUGAUGCUUGAACUUCAUGGCUAUGAAUGUUAAAAAUUUUAAACACAGUUCCUGUAGCACCUCCACCAGGGGGCAGAAAGUGGAAGAGAAAGGAGGCGAAAGAAAUUCAUACGUGCCUUCAGAAUGCCUGUAGAAACACUGAGGACUGAAUCCCACCCUCCUUUGCAAACUGAGUUAACCGUGGCUCGGAUCCGCUCAAGGUAGACUUCGCUGAAGAAUCCUCUAGGCUCUUCGUCUUCAGGUUGGUGCCCCUGCAGUGAUGAGGUCCGGUAAGGCAGUAUUUUAGUAAGAACGCAGUCCUGAAAUUACACGGCUUCCAGGCAUCCCAGCUCAGCACUUGUCUAGCUUAGGCUGGCUACUUUGGCUCCCUAAAUCUUUCUCAUCUCGAAAGUAAACAUAAUAAUAGUACCUCCGAAAGUGGUUGAUAGAACUAAAGAGAGAAUGCAUGUAUGGUGCUCAGCACAGAACUCACCUCAGAUACUAAGAGCCUAAUUUUUGUGAAUUAUGAUAAACUUGUCAGAUGCUCGAUUUUAAGUCUGAUGUUUGGAACACUAUUUUACUAUAUACAAGCAAUAUUUUUUACUUUUUCGUUUCACAAACUAAACACUGACCCAAUUUUACAAAUGUAUAUUCCCCCCACCCAACAAUAUUUAAGGGACAGGUGCCUGAUGCAUACUUUGAUGACUAUGCCUGGCCUCCACCAGAAGAACGGAGAUGGAUUUAUUCAAUGACCUCAUGAGUCAUUUUUGAAAUUUCCAUUAAGAUCUUGACUGAAGUUGGAUGAAAACUCAUUUCUAAGAAAAAUGCAAUGUAUUCUCCUGCCCCUUCCCCCCAGACCUUUGACAACUGUCUUGGGCUUCAAAUGGUAAUCUUUACCGUUGUAAAUACCUGCCCUGCCCUCCUUGCCGUUGUCUGGAGAGCAGGUGCUAGUGAAUGACAGAAAAGCGGAAUCUUUGGCCCCUCAGUUGCAGCCUGUGGACGCCUCCUUAGGAAAUUGCCAGCUAGGUUUAUGGAAGCAGUCUGAGGUACUCCGGCAUCCCUGCAGCCUCAGCAAAGUCCCGGGCGUCUUGCAAAAGCAGUUUCUUCAUGUAACAUGUAAUAGAGGGCAAGUUUCUAUUUGCCUAAUGCAAAUAAUGCUGGCCAUCGAAACCUUGAAUCUUUUUUGAGAAAACAAAUUUGGCCUUUAAUUGCCAGCGCCUGCAGUGAUUUUGAUUUUUACUUGGCGAGGCUCUGGCUAAAAGAAAAUGGUCUAGGAUGGGAUAAGGAGAUUUUGGCGAACCGAGGAGUAACUCUUUUGCUCCCAGCUACUCUGUCUCCCACAGCUCAAACUCUCAAGUCUCAUCCCUUUCUUGCUGCCUUAGCGGGGCCUAAGUUUGGCCAGGUGGGGAACCGGCAGUCCGCUUGGCGUUCCCUCUGCCCCUGCAGAACUUUGAAAGAGGUGGGGUUGCGGAGGAUCUGUCCUUAAGGGCUCUAAUGGGUGGGACCCAGAGAUGGGAGUGAAGGGAGGGAGUGGUCCGCGGGUGGGAUCUGUCGAGCAGACAAAAUGUGGUGCCCCUGUCCCUUGAAGUUUAACUUGUCUCUUCCUGAGUGAGAAGCAAGGCGUCCCUAGUACGCCUCCCCCCCCCAUCCCCCCGCAGGGGCACGAAGAGGAGAGAACUGCGAGCGACAAGGGGAAGAGUGGGCAGAGGAAAAAGCGAGACAUGUUCUCCAGGAAAGAGCCCCCUGCCCUGGUUCGGGAAGAGCGCUACCGCCCAGCCGAGGCCCCGGAGCAGGUAAGACCCACGAACAGCGCUUGCCCACAAACAGGUCGGAUGACCUCUCGGUCUGGUUGAAUUCAGGGUCAACCCCUCCCUCCCCUGCGCCCGCGUCCUCUCCGUGCCACUUUCCUCCCCCGCCGUCGGUGAGCUUCCGCUUCUACCGCCGGGCGCUGAGCUCCCUGCAACCAGUCCUCUGGCGCAUGAGCCUCCACGGGUCGCUCAGCGUCCGCGGCCCUCGCAGGGUCAUGGGCAGAGUUUCCUUCCGCGUCAGAGUCGGGUCUCGGAGACCCCUCUCUCCUUGGCAGGGGCGUCGCCACGUCUCCUACAGCGUCCCUCCUCGGCCUGGCGCCCCGCGCGCAGCGAGUGGACUGGGCGGCGCGCGGACGCCCGGGGAGGCUGCCGCCGGAGCCGUCGGGACCAGCCCCUCGGGAAUCCCCCGCAUCCUCGCUGCGCCAGCGCAGCGGACGCCCGACCUUUGGGAGCACUGCGCAGCAGCCCGGCGGUCCCCAGACGUCUUGGGAGCUGUUGACAAUAACAUGGGUGAUGGCUGCUCUCAGAAGCUGGCAACUGCUAAUAUUCUCCGCUUCCUAUUGCUGGUCUUGAUUCCAUGUAUCUGUGCGCUCAUUGUCCUGCUGGUGAUCCUGCUUUCCUUUGUUGGAACAUUGAAAAAAGCCUAUUUUAAAUCAAAUGGGAGUGAACCUUUGGUCACUGAUGGUGAAGUUCAAGUGUCUGAUAUUAUUCUUACAAAUACAAUUUGUAACAAGAGCACUGUGACAUCUGCUCCACAUCCCAGUCAACACAUUCCAGCCUGGACCACGGAUGCUUCUCUCCCAGGGGACCAAAAUCACAAGAACACAAGUGCCUGUACGAACAUCACCCACAGCCAGUGUCAGAUGCUGCCCUACCAAACCACACUCACACCUCUCUUCCCGAUUGUCCAAAACAUGCAAGUGGAGAAGUUCCUCAAGUUCUUCAUGUACCUCCAUCGCCUCAGCUGCUAUCAACAUAUCAUGCUUUUUGGCUGUAGCCUCGCCUUCCCUGAGUGCGUCCGUGAUGGUGACGACAGCCAUGGACUCCUGCCCUGUAGGUCUUUCUGUGAGGCUGCAAAAGAGGGCUGUGAUUCAGUGCUGGGGAUGGUGAAUGCCUCCUGGCCCGAUUUCCUCACCUGCUCUCAGUUUAGAAACGAAACCGAAAGCAACAAUGUCAGCAGGAUUUGCUUCUCACCACAACAGGAGAAAGGCAAGCAAUCGCUCUGCGGAGGGGGCGACAGCUUUCUGUGCGCCAGCGGGCUGUGCGUGCCCGGGAAGCUGCAGUGCAACGGGCACAACGACUGCGACGACUGGAGCGACGAGGCGCAUUGCAAUUGCAGUGAGAAUAUGUUCCACUGUCUCACGGGCAAGUGCCUUAAUUAUAGCCUUGUGUGUGAUGGAUACGAUGACUGUGGGGACCUGAGUGAUGAGCAGGACUGUGAUUGCAAUCCCACAAAGGAGCAUCGCUGUGGAGAUGGGCGCUGCAUUGCGAUAGAGUGGGUGUGUGACGGUGACCAUGACUGUGUGGAUAAGUCUGACGAGGUCAAUUGCUCCUGUCACAGCCAGGGUCUGGCCGAGUGCCGGAGCGGACAGUGUAUUCCCAGCACCUUCCAGUGUGACGGGGACGAGGACUGCAGGGAUGGCACCGACGAGGAGAAUUGCAGCCAGAGUCAGACUCCAUGUCAAGAAGGCGACCAAAGAUGCCUCUACAGUUCCUGCCUUGAUCCCUGUGGUGGUGGCGCCCUCUGUGACCCGAACCUCAGUCUGAAUAACUGCAGUCAUUGUGAACCAAUUACGUUGGAACUCUGCAUGAAUUUACCCUACAACCAUACGAAUUAUCCCAAUUACCUUGGCCACAGGACACAAAAGGAAGCAUCCAUCAGCUGGGAGUCCUCUCUUUUCCCUGCACUUGUUCAAACCAACUGUUACAAAUACCUCAUGUUCUUUGCUUGCACCAUUUUGGUACCAAAGUGUGACGUGAACACAAGCCAGCGGAUCCCACCUUGCAGAGCGCUGUGCCAGCACUCCAAAGAACACUGUGAGUCUGUCCUUGGGAUCGUGGGCCUACAGUGGCCUGAAGACACAGACUGCAGUCAAUUUCCAGAGGAAAAUUCAGACAACCAAACCUGCCUCAUGCCUGAUGAAGCUGUGGAAGAAUGCUCACCUCGUCAUUUCAAGUGUGGCUCUGGACGGUGUGUUCUGGCUUCCAGAAGAUGUGAUGGCCAGGCCGACUGUGAUGAUGACAGUGAUGAAGAAAACUGUGGCUGUAAAGAGAGAGAUCUUUGGGAAUGUCCAUCCAAUAAACAAUGUUUGAAGCAUACAGUCAUCUGUGAUGGGUUCCCAGACUGUCCUGAUGGCAUAGAUGAGAAGAACUGUUCCUUUUGCCACGAUGACGAGCUCCAGUGCACCAACCAUGAGUGUGUGUCCCGUGAGCGCUGGUGUGAUGGGGAAGCUGACUGCUCGGACAGUUCUGACGAGUGGGACUGUGUGACCCUCUCUAAAAAUGUGAGCUCCUCUUCGUUCCUGAUGGCUCACAGAUCUGCCGUGGAACACCACGUGUGUGCGGAUGGCUGGCAGGAGACAUUAAGUCAGCUGGCCUGCAAGCAGAUGGGUUUAGGAGAACCAUCUGUGACCGAAUUGGUACAGGAACAGGAGCAAGACCAGCUGUGGCUGACAUUACACUCCAGCUGGGAGAGCCUCAAUGGGACCACUUUGCAUGAACUGCUGGUAAAAGGGCAGGCUUGUCAUAGCAGAAGUAAGAUUUCUCUUCUGUGUACUAAACAAGACUGUGGGCGUCGCCCUGCUGCCCGAAUGAACAAGAGGAUCCUUGGGGGUCGGACAAGUCGCCCUGGAAGGUGGCCAUGGCAGUGUUCCCUGCAGAGUGAACCCAGUGGACACAUUUGUGGCUGUGUCCUCAUUGCCAAGAAGUGGGUCCUGACAGUUGCCCACUGCUUCGAGGGGCGAGAGAACGCCGCCGUUUGGAAAGUGGUGUUGGGCAUCAACAAUCUAGACCACCCGUCGACGUUCAUGCAGACGCGCCUGGUCAAGACCAUCGUCCUGCACCCUCGCUACAGCCGCGCCGUGGUGGACUAUGACAUCAGCGUCGUGGAGCUCAGCGAGGACGUCGACGAAACCAGCUACGUGCGGCCGGUCUGCUUGCCCGGCUCGGGGCAGGCCUUGGAACCCGACACGUACUGCUAUAUCACGGGCUGGGGCCACAUGGGCAACAAAAUGCCUUUUAAGCUGCAAGAGGGGGAGGUCCGCAUCAUCUCCCUGGAGCAGUGCCAGUCCUACUUCGACAUGAAGACCAUCACCGCGCGGAUGAUAUGUGCUGGCUAUGAGUCAGGCACGGUCGACUCGUGCAUGGGUGACAGCGGUGGGCCACUUGUCUGCGAGCGGCCUGGAGGACAGUGGACAUUAUUCGGUUUGACGUCGUGGGGCUCCGUCUGCUUUUCCAAAGUCCUGGGGCCUGGAGUUUAUAGCAAUGUGUCUUACUUCGUCGAAUGGAUUGAAAGACAAAUAUACAUCCAUACCUUUCUUCUAAACUAAUUCCAAAGAUGAUGAGAGACUUUUGCCAGCUACACUCAAAGAAAACGGACUUGCCGCCUGUGGAGAGCUUCGUGCAGAAAGCUGUCCAGAAGCCCUUCCCACGGACAGGGAUGCUCAGCAGUGCACUGCAAAUGUUCACAUUUGGGUCUACUUUUAUUGUUUUUUCAACUUUAGUUUUCUCUUACUUCAAGUUUAAUGAGUCUUUAAAAACAACAAAAAACAAAGCAGAUUUUGUUUUUUUGCCAGGCCUAAUCUUGACCACAGCACAAAAGUAUCAGUUCUGGAAUAAGGCAGGUGCUAGGGUAACAGGUUCUAGAAAAUUCUCUUUAUUCCAGUCACAAAGAGGACAUUGAGAUCCAGGCUGACCAAACUUUGCCAGCUUUUGUUUCUCAAGCACAAUAGCAUAGUGGCAAAUUUCAAUAUUAAUAUUGGAGACUUGCUUUUGAUUUAUUAAGAGCCAAGACAAUUUACACGCUUAAAUUAUUUACUAUUACUCACAUCUGCAUAAUUCUGAAAACCUAUGGACACAGAGGUAAGACAAGUAGCAUCAUUUAGGUAGUUGAAAUGGCAAGACACACUGAACACAAAGCUCUUUAGACAUCAACACUAGCAUUAACAUUAUAGGACUGCACGUUCUGAACUUAAGGAUAUAACCUUAUAGAAAAAUCUCCAUAGAACCUUCCCAUAGCUGGGAUUUGUUCAGUGUGUUAUCAGUUGGCUGACUGAGACCUCAACAGCUAGAAGAAUAUUCACGGGAAGCAUUUUGCUUUGCCUGUGUCACCGUGAAUGGAGAUUAAACUUUGCCAGAGGAGAAAUUGCUUUAGCCUGGAGAGAUUCAAUUUUUGAAAACAAAAAUUAAACUGCACCCGACCUCCAAUUCGGUAUUUUCCAAUUUUCCUGUGUUUUCCAUGAUGAUAAAGUCACAGAAGCGCCUCUCAAAGCACAGUUCAAGUUUGCAUGGAGUAAAACAUUUUGUAAUUUUCCUUGAAAUGUGUUUAAUUUCUGAUGUUGUCAUUGCCUCCCCUUGAUAAUUAAAACAAAAAUUUAAAAAUGCUUUUAAGCACUAGGCCACUUUAGGCACAUCAAUUUCCGAAGUAACUAGUGGUUAGAAGUAUUUUUCUCCCCACUAAAAAGCUUCAAAAUGCAAAUUUUCACACAUAAGUAAUUUAGUUAGGCAUCCAUUUUGCAACAUCCAAAUGCCUUCGGAACAAGGAGGAUUCCCUCCUAACCUUCCCCAGCACCCCGGACGGCCUUGGCAUCCCCCUCCCCCAGAGACUCACCUGCAAUUUUAUACCUGUGUUUUUGUACUCUUUUCUAUGUGUGCACGAAUUUCAGAUUCAAAAAGUUGCCUUGACACUUUCCAUGUUCUGGAGUUCGUAUAAACCUACUGAGAAUGUGAAAUCCAGCAACGGAAUUAGGGUCAGGAUUGUGUGGAAGCGUAAGAACCCAUGUCCGUUUUGUUAGAGUGGUAGGUAUAUACUUCGUGUAAUAACUGUGAGCCUUGCUCAACUUAUGUUCAGUCAAGUGUACUUACUGUACUAAUUCUAAAUAACCCUUAAUACAAAUAAAAUGGUACAACCCUUUUUUUUUAAUGGACAUGGAACAUGGAUAAUAGCAAUCCCAGAAAACUAUGCCUCCCACUCUAAUAGUUGA